AUGGAUGAUGAUGGACUCCACUUUCGUCAGCCAUGGGUUUUCGGAGUCGAACAAGAGAUUGAGAAGCUAGUUACGAAAGUUGAAGAGCAAAGCAAGAAGAUUGAAGAAAUGCGAAAACAGAUUCAGAUCCAAGCCGAAGAGAUAGCCAAGCUUAAUGUUGUUCAAGACAAAUGUUCCAUUUUGCUUGUAUUUUCUUAA